UUAAGGCAAUGCUGCUACUGUGACGUAUAAUCUAGUGGACGGAACGCUUCUUUCAACAGCAACAACAGUUAGUCAGACACCUCGGUACCUUGCCAGACAAAAUAGCUGAACCAAUGAAGCUCUUUAGACUCUUUAGUGCAUAUUAGCCACUGUGUUUUUAACCCACUUAUGUCGUCUAGUUAGUUAUCCGAUUUAAUUUCAUAUUUACGGUGUUGUUGUUAGUCAGCUAGCGGUCUGGUUAAGUUAGCAUUAGUCUAGCUAGCUAACGUCCCCGACCAUGCGGUCACUUAGCUUCUCUCCUCCUGCUAUAGAAGAUGAGGUCUGCUGGGUGGAGGAAGAGGAGGAUAUCACAGUAAAACAAGAAGUGGAGAGUGAGGCUGUUACUGUGAAAGAAGAAAAAUACGAGUUCAGAGUGAAAGAGGAGGAGGAUGUUACAGUAAAAGGAGAGGAGGAUGCAGUUUAUGGAUUGAAAAAGGAGGAUGGAGAGAUGACUGUUAUAUCGAAAAAAGAGGAGGAGGAAGAAGAGGAGGAAACUGGAUAUCUGGGCCCGGUUUCCCAAACGCAUGUUAAGGCAUCCAAUGGUUCUAAUGAUGAAUUUAGUCAUAAGAUGGUUUUGAGAAACCGUUCCCUGAUUAACACUCGUGAGAGAUGUGACAAUCGUGGAUCCUCUGUGGAGCCUCAACAACAUCAUGAUGCUGAAGAGGCACAGAAGAGUCCCUCCAGAUCAGAACACCUCAAGAAACACCAGCAGAGACCCACAGAGAAUACAUCUAACUGCUGCUCUGACUGUGGGAAAAGAUUCAACUCUUCAGUAAAACUUCAAAUACACCAGAGAACACACAAAGGAGAGAAAUCCUUUAGCUGUGAUCAAUGUGGGAAGAGUUUUACUACAUCUGGCUCUCUGACUUUACACCAGAGAACACACACAGGAGAGAAACCUUAUAGUUGUGAUCAAUGUGGGAAGAGUUUUACUACAUGUGGCUCUCUGACUUUACACCAGAGAACACAUACAGGAGAGAAACCUUAUAGCUGUGAUCAAUGUGGGAAGGGUUUUACUACAUCUUGCCAGCUGACUAUACACCAGAGAACACACACAGGAGAGAAACCUUAUAGCUGUGAUCAAUGUGGGAAGAGUUUUACCACAUCUGGUCAUCUGACUUUACACCGGAGAACACACACAGGAGAGAAACCUUAUAGCUGUGGUCAAUGUGGGAAGAGUUUUGGUCAAUCUAGCCAGCUGACAUUACACCAGAGAACACACACAGGAGAGAAACCUUAUAGCUGUGGACAAUGUGGGAAGAGUUUUGGUCAAUCUAUUAAUCUGAAAGUGCACCAGAGAAGACACACAGGAGAGAAACUCUACAGUUGUGAUCAAUGUGGGAAGAGUUUUGUUACAUCUGACCAGCUGACUUUACACCAGAGAAUACACACAGGAGAGAAACCUUAUAGCUGUGAUCAAUGUGGGAAGAGUUUUACUACAUCUGGCUCUCUGACUUUACACCAGAGAACACACACAGGAGAGAAACCUUAUAGCUGUGGGCAAUGUGGGAAGAGUUUUGGUCAAUCUAGCCAGCUGACAUUACACCAGAGAAUACACACAGGAGAGAAACCUUUUACCUGUGGUCAAUGUGGGAAGAGUUUUUGUCAAUCUAGCAACCUGACAGUGCACCAGAGAAGACACACAGGAGAGAAAUCCUAUAGUUGUGAUCAUUGUGGGAAGAGUUUUGUCAAAUCUGACCAGCUGACAGUACACCAGAGAAUACACACAGGAGAGAAACCCUAUAGCUGUGAUCAAUGUGGGAAGAGUUUUACUACAUCUGGCUCUUUGACUGUACACCAGAGAACACACACAGGAGAGAAACCUUAUAGCUGUGAUCAAUGUGGGAAGAGUUUUGGUCAAUAUAGCCAGCUGACAUUACACCAGAGAACACACACAGGAGAGAAACCUUAUAGCUGUGGUCAAUGUGGAAAAAGUUUUGGUCAAUCUAGCAAUCUGACAGUGCACCAGAGAAGACACACAGGAGAGAAACCUUCUAGCUCUGAUCAAUGUGGGAAGACUUUUCCUACAUCUAGCCAACUGACUCUAUACCAGAGAACACACACAGGGCAGAAACCUUAUAGCUGUGAUCAAUGUGGGAAGAGAUACUCUGGUAAAAGAUCUCUGAUCAAACAUCAGAAAAUACAUGAAGGAGUUGUUUCAUGAUAUUAAUGAAAUAAUGUCACAAUGUAGAUUAUUUUAACAGUAGUAUUUUAAUGAAUGUCAACGUAGAACCCUAAAUGUUUGCUCCCUGUUCAAUUGAUUUUAGCCUCAUGGAAACAAUCCAGGCUCUGAAUUGAAAGAGUUACUAUUUAUGUGAUUGAACAAAAAGUGACUAACAAAAAAGAGUUUGUUACACUUACCACGUUGGUGACCCACUUCAAUCAAAAUGCAACACUUCAAAAUGAAUCACAAUGUAGCUAGCAGUUUACCACCUUGGUGACCCACUGGAAUCAAAAUGUAGCUAGCAGUUUACCACGUUUGUGACCCACUGGAAUCGCAAUGAAACACUCCAAAAUGUUUAGGUUUUCAAUAUAUCCCAAACUGUUUCUGCAUAUUGGUUAUUGAUUUGGACACGUUAAAACUGUGUUUUGACAUUGCUCUAUUCCCAUUUAGCAACAUAUCAUUCAAAAGACGUUGAAAAUAAGACUAUGCCCGACAUCCAAUAUAUGUUGGGUUGUAGUUGAAAGUGAAAGUUGAAAACGUCUUUUCGGGUCGUUUUUUCAAUUACUUGAAAACAGCUUAAUUUCAACAUACUUGCAGCCUAUACACCUAUAAUCAAUUUUAUUAACAAUCUUACAUCACCCUAGAAUUUCUUGACAACAUUCAAGUGCUAAUUGUCUUUAUUCCACUACUGAAGAAGCAUGACUCAAAUCACCUCAUAUUUCAAACAUCCAUCCUGACAAAAGAUACAUGUUUUAUUAUUCCAUGCCUCACCAUUAAGUUCAUUAUUGCCAAUACAUAUGAACAAAGGGGUGUGUACAUUUGGUUUUGAUAUUUCAUAUAUACAAUUAUGUAACAUUUAGUAAUCAUAGUUAUUCAUGCAACCAACUUAACAUUUUUGGGUACAAUUAUAUUGACAUUGUGACCCUGCUUUUAUAUCCAACAACAUACAGUGGGGCAAAAAUGUAUUUAGUCAGCCACCAAUUGUGCAAGUUCUCCCACUUAAAAAGAUGAGAGGCCUGUAAUUUUCAUCAUAGGUACAC